AUGGCCACUCUAACUCGGUCCCUCUCGCCCGACAGUCCGAGUGUUGCAGUGAUAGUCCCUCAUAAGCCGUCGGCCUUGUCGGUCUCCUACCAACAGCUUCAUACCCAUGUCGCCAAUUUUCAAGCCAAGCUUGCUGGACUGGGGGUCGGCCAUGGAGCUGCAGUAUCACUGGCUCUCGUUAAUUCCUUUGAAUUCAUAGUCUCUUUCUUGGCUACAUCGUGGCAGCGAGCUAUCGCAGCUCCUCUCAACCCGGCAUACAAGCAGGAUGAGUUUGAAUUCUAUAUUGAUGAUCUCAGCUCGAGCCUGGUGUUGAUUCCACGGGGCUCUUUUGCCCAAGGUGGUCCUGCUGUGCGGGCGGGUAGGAAAUACAAUGCUGCUAUCGCGGAGUGUUACUGGGAUGGGAAGGAGGUUGUACUGGACGUCAAGGAACUGGGCAAACUGGCAGGAAAGGGCAGCAUUGGUAUUCUCGAAGCACAGCCUGAUGAUAUUGCGCUGGUUUUGCACACCAGUGGGACAACUGGUAGACCCAAAGCUGUCCCAUUAACCCAUAAGAACCUUGCCACAACCAUGAAGAAUAUCCGGGAUACAUAUCAGUUAACUCCCGAGGACCGAACGUACUUGGUGAUGCCUCUAUUCCACGUUCAUGGGCUGCUGGCCGGCUUCCUCGCCCCUCUCUUUUCAGGAGGCUCUGUUAUAGUACCUCUCAAGUUCUCUGCCUCGGAGUUCUGGCAAGAUUUCGUGACUCACCAGGCAAACUGGUACACUGCUGUGCCUACAAUCCACCAGAUCCUCCUAAAGACCCCUCUGCCGGACCCCAUCCCCAGGAUCCGCUUCAUCCGCUCAUGCUCGUCACCCCUUUCUCCAAAGACCUUUGAGGAGCUGGAGAGAACUUUCAAGGCCCCCGUUCUGGAAGCGUACGCCAUGACAGAAGCCGCCCACCAGAUGACGAGUAACCCUCUCCCGCCCGGAAAACGCCAACCGGGUAGUGUCGGUAUCGGACAAGGCGUAGAGGUCAAGAUCCUCGAUCACAGUGGCCGGGAAGUGCCUCAGGGCAGAGAGGGGGAGAUUUGCGUCCGUGGUGACAACGUGACCAAGGGGUACCUGAACAACCCGGCUGCCAACAAGUCGUCCUUCACCAAGGACGGUUUCUUCCGCACGGGCGACCAGGGGAAGAAGGACCGCGACGGCUACGUUAUCAUCACCGGCCGCAUCAAGGAGCUCAUCAACAAGGGCGGAGAGAAGAUCAGCCCUAUUGAGCUUGACAACACGCUGUUGUCUCAUCCCCAGGUUGCGGAAGCAGUCUGUUUCGCUAUCCCUGACGAGGGCCACUAUGGAGAGGAUAUUGGAGCCGCGGUCGUGUUGAAGAGUGCCGGCUCUGCAACCGAGGCAGAUCUCAAGGCAUGGGUGACCGGGAAGCUGGCCAAAUUUAAGACCCCGAAGCAGGUCUGGAUAGUCACGCAGAUUCCAAAGACGGCAACGGGGAAGAUCCAGCGUCGCAAGGUAGCAGAGGCGAUGCUCCAGCCCAAGGCAAAGCUGUAG